AUGGACCUGGUGUCCGUGAUAUUCGAUGCUAAACCAUUAAAACCAAGGAAACAGCAUUGGCACUCUAACGGAGUCAUAAGCUCCCUGUACAUCCAUGGCAGAUGCACACGCUCUGGAUACAUUGGCCCCUUGCUGGAGAGUAGAACGACGAAAGCUUCUCCUUUGUUAUGCUGGAAGGUGCAAGCAACCGCAAAUGUGUUUCCAUCAACUCUGUUAUUCAAAUCGGACGAAGGGUUCACCGUGACUUCCAACGGAGAAGACUGCUUGGCUUUACUCAUCGGAAGCCUAGGCGACGGCCCGCAAAACAGUAACCGUCUUGUCAAAAGUGCGUGUGAUACAGACUUCUUAGGGAAGGGAAACAGUUUCCAAGGGUGUCGAGAACACGAUUUUGUUAUAUGCAGUUAUGCACGUAUUCCGUGGCCUGGGGAAUGUAGACGGAUGUAG